CUGGCCGGCGCUGGCGGCGCUCUAGCCCGGCGCGGCGCCACUCACUGGCCGGGCCCUGGCGGCUGCUUCGCUUUACGGCCGGGCGGCCGCGGCGCGACAGUUGCCGUUGCGGGGUGGCUCUCACCGUCAGCAUGGCGUCGGGCAGCGGGACCAAGAACUUGGACUUCCGCCGGAAGUGGGACAAGGAUGAGUAUGAGAAGCUUGCAGAGAAGAGGCUCACGGAAGAGAGAGAAAAGAAAGAUGGCAAACCAGCUCAGCCUGUCAAGAGGGAGCUGCUGCGGCACCGCGACUACAAAGUGGACCUGGAGUCAAAGCUGGGCAAAACCAUUGUCAUCACCAAAACCACCCCUCAGUCAGAGAUGGGAGGGUACUACUGCAACGUCUGUGACUGUGUGGUGAAGGACUCCAUCAACUUCCUGGAUCACAUCAAUGGCAAGAAACACCAGCGGAACCUGGGCAUGUCCAUGCGCGUGGAGCGCUCCACGCUGGACCAGGUGAAGAAACGCUUCGAGGUGAACAAGAAGAAGAUGGAGGAGAAGCAGAAGGACUACGACUUUGAGGAGAGGAUGAAGGAGCUCCGUGAGGAGGAGGAGAAGGCCAAGGCCUACAAGAAGGAGAAGCAGCGGGAGAAGAAGCGGCGGGCGGAGGAGGAGCUGGCGCUGGAGGAGGAUGAUGAGAUGGCAGCCGUCAUGGGCUUCUCGGGCUUCGGCUCCACCAAGAAGAGCCACUGAGCGCCGCCGGACUCUCCCCUCCUCUUCUUACCCAGGGCGCUCUGGAGAAGCCUUACACGGACUGGGCUGAGCACUGCUCCCUGGGCGUCCCGGCGGGCACCGGCCGGGGCAGUCGGGAAGCGCUUCUGGUCCCUCCCUGCCGCGGGACGAGCCCUGCCUGCCCUCAGCCCCCCAGCGCCUCCUGCGCCCCGGCUCCGCCGGGAGGCCUCCGCCGCCUGCCUCCGUGCCCCUGCGGCGCCCCUGCCCUGCGCGGUGCCCUGCCUGGUGCUGGCUCUGCCCCCAGCCCUGCUGCUCCAGGCCCCAGCUGCCCUGUGCCUGCUCAGCGCCUGGGGCUUGGAGCAGCAGCGGUGCUGAGCCCCUGCCCUGCGUCCCCGAGGCUUGUGGGCUGGGGCUGCAUGGGGUCACCUGAGCUCCCCCCUGUGCCAGCUGUGCCCGGGCAGCUGCCUGCUUUCCCUUGUGUUUGGUCCCAUCCCUGUGGUGAGCUCCCGGAGCGGGAGGGGGCAGCUGCGCCCUGAGCCAGGAAUAAAGAGAGGGCUUUGACUGGG